CAAACGAGCAUCGGCAUUCGCGGUGCCUCUCUUUUCCAAUCGAACACUUUCCUUGCACUCUGUCACACCGGAGCGCAGGAGAGCACGACACAGCAGCAGAAGUAGUCCCGAAGCGAACUUACUUACGAAGGACCAAUAUGCCUGCCACCGGGAACGACAACGGUCCGGGCAGAGGCAGCGACGAGGCGGGACUCGCCGCGAGUGCUUCCGCCUGGAUCCGRAUUGCGGGGGCCAUGGGGGCCAUCGGGGUCGGCACGGGGGCCUUUGGCGCCCACGCCCUCAAGAAAACCCUGGAGGAGAGGGGAAGCGCCGCCAUGUGGCAGACCGCCACGGUCUACCAGCUCGUCCACGCGGCGGCCGUUCUGUCCCUGGCGGUGUCGGCGUCGUCCUCGGUCUCACGGGGUGUCCCCGGGAAGGGCCGCCGGCACCUGUUUGCGGCAAAGCUUAUGGGGAUCGGGAGCCUCCUUUUUUCGGGGUCGAUCUAUUUCCUGGCGCUGGGGAUCGGCCCGAAGCCGGURCUGGGACCGGCCACACCGAUCGGUGGGCUCUGCAUGAUCGGGGGCUGGGCGGUGGUAGGAACCUCGUAGGGUGGGACGGCACCGCAUGCGUUCGCUUGGCGUCGGUGCUUGUGACGUUCUUUCAAAGACGCACCCAUUUCCUGCGUACGCUCCUAUACAAUAGCAUUAAUAUAACUAACAGUAGAACUUCAGAGUACGAAUCUUUGAGUCAAGCUAACUCGGCGUUUAUCGGCUCUUUUAUUGAGCUCGCCUAUGUUUUCUGUUACCGUAUGGAUGACGCACCGAUCGGAACAAGCAUAAAGGAAUAAUAAUCGCAUCGAAACAGCCAGAAGAACAGGCGUUUGUGAUUCGCCGUAGUUUAUAACACCAACCCCCCUACCCCCCGCACACACAAUCUGAUUGUUUUUCUCGUCCGCGUGACCAGCACGUUGGUGCUUGCACCGUGCCGAUGCUAGGGAUUGGCCCAUUUCGGGUGUUCUAAAAUGUCUUCGGGGAUAGAUGGUUUGGCGCACGAGGGUGUCAUCGAUUGGUAUCGCAUCCACCGUGGCAGCCUGCAGUGGCAGAUUUGGUUCCACAAUCUGCUGUACAUUAGCUACAGUUUUGAGUGUUGCAUCCUCGUAUGAAUCCUUGUGGGGUCGAUCCCUUUCUAGUGCAGUCCGUUCUCUUUCACGCGACACCCAUCUCGACUUGCGUCGUUAGCAAGAGAGGUUGUCAAAUGACAAAUUGG